GUGAAGAACCUGACGGAGGAGAUGGCGGGGCUGGACGAGACCAUCGCCAAGCUGACCAAGGAGAGGAAGGCCCUGCAGGAGUCCCACCAGCAGACCCUGGACGACCUGCAGGCCGAGGAAGACAAAGUCAACACCUUGACCAAGGGCAAAGUCAAGCUGGAACAGCAAGUGGACGACCUGGAAGGCUCCCUGGAGCAGGAGAAGAAGGUCCGGAUGGACCUGGAACGGGCCAAGAGGAAGCUGGAGGGUGACCUGAAGCUGACCCAGGAGAACAUCAUGGAUCUGGAGAACGACAAGCAGCAGCUGGAGGAGAAGCUAAAGAAGUGA